CUUAAUACAAAUCCUUAAAUAAAUUUAAGGCAUUCUAAAGUACCAAAGUUUUAUUCGUUUCCGUCAUUAUAUAAUUCCAACUUUUGCUUUAAUUCAGGUUGGACUUGUUUCCUAGCCGAGUAAACAGUCUUCUAUUAUCAUGACAUCCCUAAUCCCCAGGCCUCCGUACACAGAAGAUGAACUCAAGACGCUAUACCCGGAGAAUCUACAGCUACAGUUAGUCCAGGUCCUCCUCCGUCAUGGCGAACGUUCUCCUGUGUCCGCCCGUUUUCAGAAUGCCGGCCUACCCGCUUUCUGGCCCUACUGCAGCGCCGUCCGUCAGCUCAAGUCCGUCGUGCUAGACCGCCAUGCCGGCCAAUUCUCCACUUUCGAAUGGAAACGCCGCCUCGAGGCAUUCGGCCCCAAUGACGAGCCUGUGCUUGCCCAAGGCCCCGCCGGUGAACUUGACGGCGUGUGCGAGAUGGGUAUGUUGACUGACCGCGGCCGCGAGACCACAUUCGACCUUGGUACUCGUCUACGUACUCUCUAUGUCGACCAGUUGCGCUUCCUGCCUCCGGUCUUGCUCAAUGCCGAUAGCCUGUACCUACGCGCAACGCCGAUCCCGAGAGCAAUGGACUCUGUUCAGGAGACGUUCACGGGUUUAUAUCCGUCGCAUACGCGGGCCCCUAAUUUCCCGACCCCAGCUAUCCUAACACGCGCCCCGGGCGACGAGACCCUAUUCCCUAACGACAGCAACUGUAGACGUUUCGCGGCGCUAUCGCGGGCUUUCGCACAACGUACCGCCGAGCGCUGGAACGAGACGGAGGAAAUGGCGUACCUGAAUAAGUUGUACGGAAAAUGGAUGCCGGAGGACUCGCCGCGUGUGGCUGUGGACGGACGGCCACGUCUAAGUGGUAUCAUGGACACGAUCAACUCGACACUAGCGCAUGGGCCGCAGACACGGUUGCCUAAGGAAUUCUACGAUCCGAAGGGGCGCGAGAUCAUCGAGAAAAUCGGCGUCGAGGAGUGGUUCGCGGGGUACAAGGAGAGUCAAGAGUACCGGGCACUAGGAAUCGGAGGCUUAUUAGGUGACGUCGUAGGCCGCAUGGUAGGUAGCGCUGAGCGCUCGACUGCCGACGGAGAGUAUGAGGUAGGAGGGAAGCUAAAAGGCGGACCUAUAACGGAAGAUAAGGGUGCUACGCCCAUCAGUUUCGGGCUGAGCGGAUGCCACGAUACGACGCUCGCCGGUGUAUUAGCCAGCUUAGGAGCAUACGAGAGCGGUAGGUGGCCCCCUUACACAAGCCACAUCGCCAUCGAAAUGUUCCGGAAAUCAGACCCCGCCCGUUCCAAAUCAGCAAACCCGAAUCAGCAGGGCGCGGCGACGACAUCCUCGGCAGAAACCAGUCCUGCCCGGACUAACAAGCCCGGCUGGUUCGGCUCAUUAUUCUCGGCCCGCGCAAAUCCCGGCAGUCCCCCGCCGAGUAUAGGCCGCAAGCGGAGCGAGGAGCUAUCAACCGAGGAGAGGGCGAAAUUGGAGGAGUACUACGUGCGGAUACGAUAUAAUGACGAGGUCGUCACGGUACCGGGCUGUAGAGCCCCGGGCAAGCAUCUCGACGGCGACGAGAGCUUCUGCACGCUGACCGCAUUCAAAGCCAUCGUGGACAAGUUCGUCCCACGCAAUUGGAAGCAGCAGUGCAGGACUGACAUCAAGGCUCCUGCAUUCCCGGAAAAGCCCGAGCCGGCCGGUUAUUGAUGAGUACCUAAGGUAUAUGAGCGAAAAUGAGAUAAUUCGCAAAUGAAGCAAGUUAGUGGUAUGCUAGUUAGAUUAGUGGAAGAGAAGAGAUGAAUUAGAAGGAUAAAAAGAAGGAUAUGGGCGUUUUAUAGCUGCAGCUAAACUCUGCUCAGCUUGCGCAUACGUAUAUAAGCUAUUACAUGAUAAAUACUUCCGAAUAUCAGCAUCAAGAACAUUACCAAGGCGCUACAUGGUUAAGUUAAGCAUUAGGUUGAGAAGCAAGAAUACAAUAUCAUUUAUAUUGAUAUAACUGGACUGAAAGCUCCAGUGUCUUAAAGAUGACUUCAACAUUCACACGACAAAUC